AUGCGGAUCCAUUUUGGUGAGAAACCAUAUCAGUGUGAUUUGUGUCCCCAAAAGUUCAGUCAGAACUGCAGCCUUCAAAAACACAUGCGAAUCCAUUCUGGUGAGAAACCAUACCAGUGCUCGGUUUGUUCACGAGCUUUCACUACAAAUGAUGAUAUCACAAGGCACAUGCGAAUCCAUUCGGGUGAGAAACCAUAUCAGUGCCAUUUGUGUUCCAAAAAGUUCAGUCAGAACUGCAGCCUUCAAAAACACAUGCGGAUCCAUUCUGGUGAGAAACCAUAUCAGUGCUCGAUUUGUUCACGAGCUUUUACUACAAAUGGUGAUCUCUCAAGGCAUAUGCGAAUCCAUUCUGGUGAAAAACCAUAUCAGUGCGAUUUGUGUCCCCAAAAGUUCAGCCAAAAAGGCCAUCUUAAAAUUCACAUGCGGAUCCAUUCUGGUGAGAAACCAUUCCAGUGUGAUUUGUGUUCACGAAAAUUCAGUCACAACUGCAGCCUUAAAAAACACAUGCGGAUCCAUUCUGGUGAGAAACCAUACCAGUGCGAUUUGUGUUCACAAGCUUUUUAUCAAAAUAGUGAUCUCACGAGGCACAAGCAAACUCACAGGGACGAAAGGCUCUUCAAUGGCACUACGUGUCAAUUGAUUCACACGAAAACUAAGUCCUUUGGGUGUGCAUUCAGCCAAAAAGGCAAUCUUAAAAUUCACAUGCGGAUCCAUUCUGGUGAAAAACCACAUCAGUGCGAUUUGUGUCCCCAAAAGUUUAACCAUAACAGUAACCUUCAAAAUCACAUGCGGAUCCAUUCUGGUGAGAAACCAUAUCAGUGUGAUUUGUGUCCCCAAAAGUUCAGCCAAAAAGGCAAUCUUAAAAUUCACAUGCGGAUCCAUUCUGGUGAAAAACCACAUCAGUGCGAUUUGUGUCCCCAAAAGUUUAACCAUAACAGUAACCUUCAAAAUCACAUGCGGAUCCAUUCUGGUGAGAAACCAUAUCAGUGUGAUUUGUGUCCCCAAAAGUUCAGCCAAAAAGGCAAUCUUAAAAUUCACAUGCGGAUCCAUUCUGGUGAAAAACCACAUCAGUGCGAUUUGUGUCCCCAAAAGUUUAACCAUAACAGUAACCUUCAAAAUCACAUGCGGAUCCAUUCUGGUGAGAAACCAUAUCAGUGUGAUUUGUGUCCCCAAAAGUUCAGCCAAAAAGGCAAUCUUAAAAUUCACAUGCGGAUCCAUUCUGGUGAAAAACCACAUCAGUGCGAUUUGUGUCCCCAAAAGUUUAACCAUAACUGUAACCUUCAAAAUCACAUGCGGAUCCAUUCUGGUGAGAAACCAUUUCAGUGCUCGAUUUGUUCACGAGCUUUUACUACAAAUGAUGAACUCGCAAGGCACAUGCGAAUCCAUUCUGGUGAGAAACCAUAUCAGUGCGAUUUGUGUUCCAAAAAGUUCAGUCAGAACUGCAGCCUUAAAAAACACAUGCGGAUCCAUUCUGGUGAGAAACCACAUCAGUGCGAUUUGUGUCCCCAAAAGUUCAGCCAAAAAGGCCAUCUUAAAAUUCACAUGCGCAUCCAUUCCGGUGAAAAACCAUAUCAGUGUGAUUUGUGUCCCCAAAAGUUUAACCAAAAAAGCCAUCUUAAAAUUCACAUGCGGAUCCAUUCUAGAGAGAAACCAUAUCAGUGCGAUUUGUGUCUCCAAAAGUUCAGCCAAAAAGGCCAUCUUAAAAUUCACAUGCGCAUCCAUUCCGGUGAAAAACCAUAUCAGUGUGAUUUGUGUCCCGAAAAGUUCAGCCAAAAAGGCCAUCUUAAAAUUCACAUGCGGAUCCAUUCUGCAUUGCUAUUACUACAACAAAAAUACACGAUACCAACGACCACUACAAAAGAAUCCGUAGCUGCAACUUUCGAGAUACAUCGAUCACAACAAAAUAAUAUGGCCGAAAAACCGAGUUCCUCGAGGGAAUGCCAUUCUUGUGAUGUAUGCCAAAAGUCUUUCCGCAAUUCCAGUCUACUGGCAUCACAUUUGCGAAUCCAUUCUGGUGAGAAACCAUACCAGUGUGAUUUGUGUUCACGAAAGUUCAGCGAGAAAGGCAACCUUCAAAAACACAUUCGAAUCCAUUCAGGUGAGAAACCAUACCAGUGCGAAUGGUGUCCCCAAAAGUUCAGCCAAAACGGCCAUCUUAAAAUUCACAUGCGGAUCCAUUCUGGUGAGAAACCAUACCAGUGCUCGGUUUGUUCACGAGCUUUCACUACAAAUAGUUAUCUCACAAGGCACAUGCGGAUCCAUUCUGGUGAGAAACCAUACCAGUGCGAAUGGUGUCCCCAAAAGUUCAGCCAAAACGGCCAUCUUAAAAUUCACAUGCGGAUCCAUUCUGGUGAGAAACCAUACCAGUGCUCGGAUUGUUCACGAGUUUUUACUACAAAUAGUUAUCUCACAAGGCACAUGCGGAUCCAUUCUGGUGAGAAACCAUACCAGUGCGAUUUGUGUUCACAAAAGUUCAGCGAGAAAGGCAACAUUAAAAUUCACAUGCAGAUCCAUUCUGGUGAGAAACCAUAUCAGUGUGAUUUGCCUGCAGGUCACCAAUUGAUUCACACGAAAACUAAGUUCUUUGGGUGUACAGUUUGUCAUGAAUCUUUUCAACUGAGAUACCAACUUAAAAAUCAUAUGAAAAUGCAUACGAAAGCGAGCACCAAUUGCUCACCAUCUAAUACCAACCAAAACGAAGUUCUUAUGCAGCACAUAAAUGUCCAGCAUAACAUAUUUCGCUGCGACGAGUGUCCGCAAUCAUUUACCCGCAAAAGCAGCCUCAUAAAACACAUUGGGUCUGAGCACAACCAUCGCUGCAUUCAAUGCCCACAAACUUUUGUCCGAAGCAGUUGUCUUGAGAAUCAUGUGCGCAAUUGGCAUUUGUUUCCAUGUGGCGAGUGUCAGAAAAUAUUCACUGAUUCAAAUAGUCUCGUGAGUCACGAACGUGAUAAUCAUUUCCACCGUUGCAUGGCAUGUACGCGAUCUUUUCAUCGCAUCAGUGACUACAACAAACACGUAGCUAAUUGGCACCCGUUUAGUUGUGAUAUAUGCAAACGUUAUUUCAACAUGUUAUCCGAUCUCUUGUGUCACAAAUACGAUUGUCACGAUCUUUAG